CGCCCAGUGAAUCAUUUGCGUGCCGUCAUCCGAGGCCUACAGUCUGUUUCACAAGGCAAUAAUUUGACCUUGAGUUGUAACGAUGCUUCUCAGUUGGACAACAAAUCAGCAUCGUCCGAGUUGGACUUUGAGACCUAUAAAAACUCUGCCAACAUUACCAGACAUUCCUCAGUACAUUCCUCAGUACAUUCCCCAGUUCUUCAACUUUCAGCACUUCAGCUUCCAGCACUCCAACUUUCAACACCCCAAUUUCAAUCAUGUUCAACGUCUAUGCUCUAGCUGCACAGCUCAUUGGCGGCGUUUUGAUUAUACUUCUUGCCAAUGUUGUCUCGAUGAAAUCUCGAGGUGUACCGAAGACGCUCCGUGAUACAUUAUCCUCCAUUAUUGAUUUUAUUCAAGCUGUAUUUGGUGGUAAACGAAACGACCAACAGAGUGUUCCUUUGACAAGAGCCCAAGUCACUGCUGCAUAUCCACAAGGAACGUGGCAGCGUAAUGCUUACGAAGACUAUAAGGCAGUUCUCCUCGAUGAAGAAUUAAUAUUCCCCUGCAUCUACGCUACAAAGGGCUUUAAAUCAGACGACCAGCUCUAUUUGUUCAUCGACUCAGACGACCUUUCAGACCCACGCCAUAUCCGCACCAUUGCCAAGGGGCUCUCCACAUACCUCCCUCAAGCUCACCAGCUUGGCCCCAACACCUCCCUCGUUCUUCUUGCCAAACAAAAUGAGAACAACACACGAACAGUAGAGGAAUACAAUACUCUGUUCUGGGAGCUCCUCAACGGUCUCGCCAAGCUUGAUGAAAAACCCUGGCCUUCAAGUGUACCCCGCGACAUUGACACAGAUAGAUGGUGCCUCUGCUUUGGCGGAGAACAAUUCUUCACUGUCAUCCAAACCCCGGCCCACCAAGUGAGGCGCACGCGUUAUGCGCCGGGCCUGACCAUGGUCUUCCAGCCAAAGUGGAUUUUUGACAUUCUCUUCAGCACUGAUGCAAAGCGCGCGGGUGCACUUGCAAAAGUUCGCGCCCUCCUCGCCAAGUACGAUCCCAUCCCUGUCAGCCCCGAGCUGAAGAACUACGGCGAUGAAGGAUCGCGGGAGUCCAAGCAGUACUUCUUGCUGGAUGAAAAUGUUCCGGCGCCAUGUCCAUAUGAAAGACUCAGUGACUCUGAGGUGAUUGCCGCGUAAAGGUGAGGUGAUGGCCCCCGGUCAACCAGUUGCCUCCCACUAACCAUCUUCGCAGUAAAUUGCAACAUCGUAGUUCUUUAAAUUUGGAAUUUAGUAGGCGGCAGGUUUGACCUUCUUGUAGUACUACUUCUUACCCGAUAGCUUGAAUUUGUGUUUUGUAACUUUUGUUUCCGACUUGUGUUAAUUAGAGAUGUGCUAAGAUGCAUGAUGUGAUGAUCG